AGCUUGAGAAAACACAAAAUCCUUUACAAACUUUCGCAGCUCAUAUUCGAGAAUCCAAACUCUUGCUUCUUUCUGAUUUUCCGAAGCAAUGGUGGUUGCUCAGAAAGUGAAGGAAUCUGAGAUCACGGAGCAGGACUCACUUCUUCUCACGAGGAAUCUGUUGCGAAUUGCCAUAUUCAAUAUCAGUUACAUCAGAGGCCUUUUCCCUGAGAAAUAUUUCAAUGACAAGUCUGUUCCAGCUUUGGAUAUGAAAAUUAAAAAGCUUAUGCCUAUGGAUGCGGAAUCACGUAGACUCAUUGAUUGGAUGGAGAAAGGUGUUUAUGAUGCUUUACUGAAAAAAUAUCUUAAAACAUUGCUAUUCUGUGUCUGUGAGGCGGUAGAUGGUCCAAUGAUUGAGGAGUACUCAUUCUCAUUUAGUUACUCUAGUUCUGACAGUCAAGAGGUUUCAAUGAACAUCAGUCGUAGUGGGACAAAGAAGGGAGGGACUUUCAAACAUGAUUCAACAACAGAAAUAACUCCAAGUCAGAUGAGGAGUUCAGCUUGCAAGAUGGUCCGUACACUAAUGCAACUGAUGAGAACUCUUGAUAAGAUGCCAGAAGAGCGCACUGUUCUGAUGAAGCUCCUGUACUAUGAUGAUGUCACGCCAAUGGAUUAUGAACCCCCAUUUUUCAGAGGUUGCACAGAUGAGGAAGUGUACAAUCCAUGGAUGAAAGAUCCAUUGAAGAUGGAAGUUGGAAAAGUCAAUAGCAAGCAUUUGGUACUAGCUCUGAAGGUUAAGAGUGUGCUUGAUCCUUGUGAAGAUGAAAAUAAUGAUAAUCAAGAUGAAGUAAUAAGCUUGGGAGCUGAUUCACUCCAAAAAGAUGGAGAUAGUGAAUCUGACAGUGAGACGAGUAAUUCAGAUGAUGAUCAGCACAUUGUAGCACCCGUAGAAAGAAAGCAAUUUCAAGAGGAUAAUGGAGCAGCUGAUGAAGAAAAUACCCAGGAUCCAGCAGAAGAUGAACAGCAGUUGGGGCGAGUGAAGGAAUGGAUUGGUUCUUAUCACCUUGAAACAGUGGACCUCACUGAUGUCCUCUCAAAUUUCCCUGACAUUUCAGUGGUCUUGAUUGAAGAUAUUAUGGACAAGCUCGUGAAGGAAACUUUUGUAACUAAAGCUGCAGGAGAUAGUUAUGUCAUUAACUCGAAAAAGAAUUUAGACUACGAGUUUGAUGCUGUAAAAGAAGAAGUUGAUGUGCAAGUGGGAGGAUAUAAUGGAAAAGCUGGGAGAGGAGAUCACAUGUACAUGAAGGCUUUGUACCAUACUCUUCCAACGAGGUAUAUAACAAUAGCAAAACUUCAAAACAAACUCGAAGGUAAAGCCAGCCAGGGUAUGGUUCGGAAGCUUCUAGACAAAAUGGCCAAAGAUGGCUAUGUUGAGGCCACUAGCAACCGGAGACUUGGAAAGAGGGUGAUCCAAUCUGACCUCACUAAGAAAAAACUGAGUGAAGUGAAAAAGAUCUUAAGCUUUGAUGCAAUGGAAGGGGAUAAUAAGAAAUCAGGAGGCAAGGCCAACAAUCUAGAAACUGAGACUGCUGGUAGCAAGUACAAGGACUUAUCCACAUGCGGUGGUCUCCACUCCAUCGGGUCGGAUAUCACCAGGACAAGAGGCAGAUCAGAUGCAAACAUGAAUGACUCAACUAGAACUGAGAAUGGUCUUGGCAGGAAUUUGGGUCAUUCUGGGAACACCCCAACUAGCAGGGCUGAGCCAGCAGCAUCUAAAGAAAGUUUUGUGCCUGCGGCUGAUGACGACAUGGACUUGGUUAUGGAGAGCAGGUGCACUCAGGAAAAACGUUUCAGAAAAACAAGCACGGUCAAAGAGCCGAUCCAGCAAUACGCAAAGCGCCAGAAAUCUGUGGCUAUCUGAGUAUUCAUGCUCUGUUUUCUUGUGGAUGGUCGUCUUCUCUCUGUCGUGGUUCAUGUUUGUUUAACGAGUAUAAUGUAGUUUGCUCUUUUAUUUUGUUCAUCAGCUAAUGGUACUUCAGAAUGGUUUUAAGUGCUUAAUACAUAUUGACUGAGACGUGGAAUGUCACAAUUCGGAGUGAAUUUUGAAGCAAUCAGU